AUGGCCUAUAAAAGGCAAAGGAGUGUUUGGAGGAAGGGGGGACCGGGCCGGACGGACUGGGCUGAGUGGGACAGGAUUCUCGAAAUGGAGGGGAGGCUAAAAAUCCAAACUUUAUUGCACGUUUUCUGUUUAUUGUUACUGGGAUUGAGCUGGAAGAAGGCUGCAUUGGGAGCUUCAAUUGAAGAUGACAAGCAAGCUUUGCUGGAUUUUGUAAGGGAGCUUCCUCAUUUGAGGACAUUGAAGUGGGAUGAAAGCUUGCCAGUUUGCAAGAACUGGACUGGAGUUGGGUGUAAUGAAGAUGGUUCAAGGGUAACAUCACUGAGAUUACCUGGGGUUGGUUUCCAUGGCCCAAUUCCGUUGAAUACCAUCAGCCGUUUGUCAGCAUUGCAGAUCUUGAGCCUCAGAUCCAAUGGCAUUAAUGGGUCAUUUCCUUCGGAUUUUGGUAACUUAAAGAACCUGUCUUUUCUUUAUCUUCAGUAUAAUAGUAUUUCAGGGCCUUUGCCUUUGGAUUUCUCUGUUUGGGAAAACUUGACUAGUAUUAAUUUGUCUAAUAAUUUGUUCAGUGGUCGGAUUCCCUCUUCAGUUUCUAGUUUAAAGCAGCUUAGCUUCCUGAAUCUUGCUAAUAAUUCGCUUUCUGGCGAAAUCCCGGACCUAAAUCUGCCUCAUUUGCAGCUGCUUAACUUGUCCAACAAUAAUUUCACCGGCCCUGUUCCAAAAUCACUGCAAAAAUUUCCAAAAUCUUCUUUUUUGGGGAACAAUGUUACCAUUAUGGAGAACCCUGUUAGUAGUUCUCCUGUUGCUUCGAUUCCUCAAGAACCAAUUUUGAAGUCUAGGAAUAGUGGGAAAUUGAGUGAGAAAGCUUUGCUUGGCAUAAUAAUUGCUGUUAGUGUUCUUGUGCUUCUUGGGUUUGCUUUCUUGUUCCUAGUUUGUUUGUUAAGGAGGAAAAGCACAGAGAAUGUGUUUCCUGGGAGUAAGCUGGAGAAAGGUAACAUGUCGCCGGAGAAGGCGAUUUCAAGGAAACAAGAUGCCAAUAAUAAGUUGGUUUUCUUCGAGGGUUGUAACUAUGCUUUUGAUUUAGAAGACUUAUUGAGGGCUUCUGCUGAGGUAUUGGGUAAGGGCACAUUUGGAACUGCUUAUAAGGCUAUAUUGGAGGAUGCAACCAUGGUGGUUGUAAAGAGAUUAAAGGAGGUUGGAGUCGGGAAACGGGAAUUUGAGCAGCAAUUGGAGUUUGUUGGAAUGGAAAAGUGCAAACCUAAAGAUAAUGAGUACUUGAGUAGCUCGUGCAUGGAUGGUCCAUUUGUGGCUAGAGGCAUUGCUCGAAUCCACAGCGAGAAUGGCGGGAAGCUAGUUCACGGCAAUGUCAAAUCCUCAAACAUCUUUCUGAACUCUAACCAAUACGGUUGUGUAUCAGAUCUCGGGUUGUCAGCAAUAAUGAGCUCAUUGGCUCCGCCAAUAGCCCGUGCAGCUGGCUACCUCGUCAGAGAAGAAUGGACAGCAGAGGUGUUCGACAUGGAGCUGUUAAGGUAUCCAAACAUCGAAGAGGAGCUUGUGGAGAUGUUGCAGAUAGCUAUGGCUUGUGUUGUUAGAGUGCCGGAUCAGAGGCCUAAAAUGAGUGAGGUCGUUAAAAUGAUCGAAAAUGUCAGGCCCGGCUCGGCUCAGUCCCAGAACAGAACAUCUGGUAAUGACUCCAAGUCUGAAAAUGGUGCAGCAGCAACCACUACAACAACCACAACAGCACCAGAACCAGGUUUAUUUUCUGGGAGAGGUAGGGUUUUUGCGAGCCGGAACAGAAGGAAGAAGAUGGCUUCCAAGCGGAUCUUGAAAGAGCUCAAGGAUCUGCAGAAGGAUCCCCCUACCUCUUGCAGCGCCGGUCCGGUUGCUGAAGAUAUGUUUCAUUGGCAAGCUACGAUAAUGGGACCUCCGGAGAGUCCAUAUGCUGGUGGAGUUUUCCUUGUCACCAUCCAUUUCCCACCAGACUAUCCAUUCAAGCCACCUAAGGUAGCUUUCCGGACAAAGGUUUUCCAUCCAAAUAUUAACAGCAACGGAAGCAUUUGCCUUGAUAUUUUGAAGGAACAGUGGAGCCCAGCUCUUACCAUCUCGAAGGUGUUGCUGUCCAUCUGUUCUCUGUUAACCGACCCAAAUCCUGAUGAUCCUCUUGUACCAGAAAUCGCUCACAUGUACAAGACUGAUAGAAACAAGUAUGAGACAACUGCCCGGAGCUGGACCCAGAAGUAUGCCAUGGGUUAA